AUGUCUUUAGAUGGAGCCAGCUCGUUCGUGGGAACCUGGGAGAUUAUCGAAUCUCACCUGGAUGGAACCGCCGAAAAGCUUGGAUUGGAAGGGGUGAAGUUCCGGUUGGACGAGAUGGGCGACAUUAUUUGGUAUAAUGAUCUGGUUAACACAAAUCAAAGCAGCUGCACCGGUGAGCAGAAGAUGUCCGGUUUUGAGUCCGAAUUUAGUCCAAUCAACGAUUCGGCCGUGGUGCUGUUCAGCUGUGAAACGUUUGAAGUCAUCGAAUUGAGCUCCAGUGAACCGGGUUUGAGAUUUGGAGCGUACACUGGACAUACCAUCGAUUUCCGGACGAAUGCUUACGAUCCAACGGAUCGAAUGUCACUCAAGUGUGAUGGAUGGUGUCAGUUGGUUUGCAAGCGUGUUAUGGACGAUCAGUCGAUAGGCCAGGAAAUCCCAUUUACGCUGUUGUCGGUGCUAGAUGAUGGAAAUUUCUGUGACGUUACUCUCAAAAGCUGUGACGACGUUAUUUACAAUGUUCACUCGCCGAUACUGCGGUUGAACGGGUUCGACUGCAGCAGCAUGGCAGCUGCCAGCACCUAUCAACACAUUGCAAGUCGUUUCGAAACGGUUGCAAAUACUGAAAAGUCCCAUCCGCCACUUAUGAAGGUGUCAUCGGUUCCAUGCAAACAGUUACCCAAAACCUCGACGCAACAUAUCAGUCAGCGCGCCAGUCCAACGACUGCCAACAACUUUUUGCUUCCACCAGCUCUUGAUGUAUACAAUCUAUCACCGAAACUGCUGAACAACAUCUCGAAUUCGUUCAGCUGCCUCACGGCAAACGAUUCAAUAUUUCUAAAUGUUCCAAAAAAGACACAAGUUUCCUCUUCCGAUUCCAACCUCAACUCAGACAGGAACGUAUUUUGCUUUCCUGUGCCCAACAACACGCCCUGUUUGGAGCAACUCCAGCGGAGCAAAUUGAAACCACCAUCCUCACCAUUCCGAACUAGGAGUCCUUCUCUGUUUCCGUGCGCACUGGAUACUCCACCUUCAUCUCCGCUCACUCCCCUGACGGUUCUCAACAACAUUCCAUCGAAAAUGCUAUCCACCAUCCUACACUGGCUUUACAGUGAAUGUCUUCCGGAGGAUCUCGACGAAGAAACGUGCACCAGUUUGAUCGCAAUGAGCGAGAGUACGACUCCACUGAGUCGAAUGACUGAGCCGUGCAAAAACUAUCUGCGGAACCUACAGCUUAAGAAAUUUGUCAUCGACAUCGUUUCCGAUUUACACGAAAGCUUGAAUCACAUGAUCCAGAUGGUAAACCCAAAUACACUUUCACACAGUCCCUGUGUUCUUUGUCUGGUAUUCAAGGAAGGAUUCAAGGAAACCUUAACAGCCAUAAUCAAACUGCUACAGUUUUGCAACAUAUUUACAAACGACGCCACUACGUUCACGCGAUACCAGCGACACGAAAUUAUCAAGUACGUGCGAUCGCGGUUGCCGAUUUUUCUGUCACAGGUUCAUCAGCUGUUGCAAAAUUGUAACAUCGUGCUGUGCAGUCUCAGCAGUGAGGACAAAAACGAUUUGGUAUCCUAUCUAGUGCCGGAAAUAAUCAACGCGCUGGAGGUGCUCAUGUCGGUGAUAUCAAAGUUCAAAAAUUCGCUGGAAAAGGUUUGCAAAAACCUCACUACGAGUGACACAGCUCAUAGUAAUGGGAACGCAAAGGCAAGCGCUUCGCGGGAUAAACUAGCGACUCGAAUGCGAAUCCGCAGCUCGGAUAAUUACUCAACCAGACGAAGUUCCGAAAAAGUUCACUUGUUUUUCUUAUGCAAGUUAGGGAUGGAGAAAAUGCAAGAUAUCUACGGCAGGGUUACCAGCGCAUUGGAUGUGAUCCUGCAGAAAAGAGCAACAUUCAACGAAAUGAACCCCAUCCAUCAGCACCAGACCGUACGGAGGAACUUGGAUCAGCUAAUUCUAGAAGUGCCAAUCUUUAUUGCUAGACUAGAGGAAUUUUGUGACUACAUUAGCGAGAGGGUUGGCUGGAAGGAGUUCAAGUUUUGCUUCAAAUUUAUAACUAGCCAAGUGAACGGUAUCAUUUCACAACUGUUGGAACAUAAAUCUGCCUCAAACGAUGCAAUGUUGUUUGUAUCCAACUUAGUGAAAAAGGAACAGUUCACACGUGCCAUGAUAGAGCUCGGUUUGUUGGAGAACUAUUGCGUCGAUAGCAGUGGAAUUGACGAUCCCCGACCCUGUCCAAGCCGCUACUUGGACUACAAUAAUACUAGGCUAAACUUAGUGCAAAGCCUCUGUGAACCUCCCUCGGCUUCGCACAGCAGCCUUUCGAAGAAUGCUCUGAAGCUGCUACACUCAGGUCAACUGGCCGAUAUGGAGUUUGAGAUAAUCGUGUCCCCAACGGAUUGUCAAAACGAGAAUAUCGUAUCGACGUUCGAUUUUAGCCCAGACGACGCACUGAUGUCAUCCAGCACAAACGGAACGGGAUGCGGAACUCCGGUGCGGAAUCAAUCUCAUACGUUCAAGGCGCACAGAGUAAUCGUUGCUGCCCGGUGCGAUUGGUUCAAGAAGGCCCUACUGUCCGGGAUGCAGGAAGCAAUUAAUAGGAAAAUUGUCAUUCACGAUACCUCGCCUGUGAUAUUUCGAAGAUUACUACUUUAUUUGUAUGGCGCACCGGUGGAUAAAUCCGUUGGUGUUGAUCAAAUAUGUGAACUAAUGCUUUUGGCUGAUCGGUACUCUGUCGAUAACCUAAAGGACAUAUGCGAGAACACACUAGUUGCAUUGAUUGACGGUGAAUCGGUAAUUUAUCUUCUGGGAAUUUCGGAUCGCUUCAAUGCUUCCACUUUGAAGACAAGCUGCAUGUCAUAUCUUUCGCAACACUCAGAGCUGACGAAGUUGGAUAUUUUUGACGAACUUCCUGGAUAUUUACAGACCGAAGUUCAGGAGCUCGUUACGUGGUGCAAUCGAGUUCCGGAACCCUGGGGCGAUCGAGAGCCAUCCCGCUCGGAGCGCUCUCGACGUAGUCUGAAAAGCCCGUCACGUUCGAAGUCAUCGCGCUCAAGGAAAACUUCCCCUUCUUUCAUGUGA